GGCGAGAGUGUUAAGAGAGGCCACGGGAUCUAAGCCAUACGAGAAGAGUAGAGACGAGGUCCGAGGACGAAGAAGCCACGGAUGGGGAUGACCUGACCAAAGAAACGAUGGUCCACCAGCUGAAUGAAUGUGAAAUCUUUAACCAACAUACCUAAGACGGAGAGACGGAGCUCCGAGCAAACCAAAGCGUUUCCUUAUACCAAAGCCAAUCCAAACCAAAAACAAGCUCGCCCGUCGCCUCCACUGCAUUUCUCGAAGUCAGAGAUGAAGGGGUAUAGCACAUCGGGAGACAUGGGCGCAUGGAGGGAAGCGGACUUCGCUCUCAACUGUACCUACAUUGUACCGGAUCAGGUCUCCAACCCGGGUUUCAACCUUCCCAAAGCCAUGACUUCCAUCCCACGCAACCUCUCCUUUGAAUACAACAAAGACAACGAGGUGAUCGGUGUGUUCAGCAAAGAGUACAUCCCUCAGGGGACCCGGUUCGGUCCCCUGCAAGGCGACAUCUACACCAAAGACAACGUCCCCAAACAGGCCAAUAGAAAAUACUUCUGGAGGAUUUACAGCAACGGGCAUCUGCAGAACUUUGUGGACGGCUACGACGUCCACAGAAGCAACUGGAUGCGUUACGUCAACCCGGCCAGGUCUUUGGCCGAGCAGAACUUGGUGGCGUGCCAAAACGGCCGAGACAUCUACUUCUACACCAUGCGGCCCGUGGAGCCCAAAGAGGAGUUGCUGGUGUGGUACAGCCAGGAGUUUGCCCAGAGGCUGUGCAGCCAACAGGACAAUGUCAAACACAAAUACACAAACGAUGAACACGGCAACAACAAGCAGCAUCUAGCUCAGCAAAUGUGGCUUAAGGAGACAACGAAAGAAGAGGCAAAAGAGGAGAGGAAUGACGAAGGAGAAGUGGAUGUAGAGAUGUUAGGAAGAGACACGCCCCCUGACACUCCUGAUGAACUAAUCAUGGACUUCAGCAAAAAGAUCGAAAAAGAGGAGAAGAUCGAAAGGGAUCCAGAGGAUUGUGGGUUCGUUCCAUCCUCCCAGCCUGAACAAAGAGGCUUUGGAUUGAAUCCUCCGUACUUUCCAGAACAUCACCCUGCAUUAGCGUCCGAUCGCCGAAGUCUGCCUCUUCACCUCCAUGGUAUCUACGGCCACAGAGAAGGGCUGGUGUCCUCUUAUCCGCUUUACCCUCAGUCCAGAACACUCCAGCCUGCAUACCAGCUUCUCCCUCCUUACACUUCGCACUAUCCUCGUCUACUCCUGCCUUCAUACUCCCCUCCAUUUCCGGGGAUGCUGCCUUCCAGAGGAACCCUCCGGUAUGGCAGCUAUCUGGGCACUGAUGGGCUACCAUACCCUCCCAUCAGCACCCCGAGUCUACUUCCCAUGUCCCUCCAAUACCCUCCAUCUCCACAGGGCAGUUUGAAAGAACUAACCCCAAAUGUGUCGCCGCCGAGAGGUGCACCGGCGACCCCUGAACUCUCUCCCAUUCCCAAGCCAAGGAGCCAGCUUCCAUCACCUGAACAGACUUCCUCAAGCUGCGACGAGGCAAUGAACCUAACCUUGGACACUAUCAAAGGCAACUCAGUGCUGCGAAACCGUCCUGGACACAAAUCUUUGCCCUAUCCACUAAAAAAGCAGAACGGAAAGAUCAAGUAUGAAUGUAACAUCUGUUCAAAGACGUUCGGACAGUUGUCUAAUCUCAAGGUUCACCUCCGAGUGCACAGUGGUGAGAGACCUUUCCAGUGCAACUUGUGCAAAAAGAGUUUCACUCAGCUGGCCCAUCUACAGAAACAUCACCUAGUCCAUACAGGGGAGAAACCACACGAGUGUCAGGUGUGUCAAAAGCGAUUCAGCAGCACCAGCAACCUAAAGACUCACCUCCGACUACACUCCGGGGAGAAACCUUACCAGUGCAAACUCUGCAGCACCAAGUUCACCCAAUACAUCCACCUCAAGCUGCACCGCCGCCUGCACAGCAGCCGCGACCGCCUAUACCACUGUCAGCUGUGCUCCCAGGCCUUCUUCCACCGCUUCUCCCUACGCAUCCAUCAACGCAGCUGCUGCCUGGCCAACUCCGGCUCGGCGGCCAACGUGCACAUGAAAGAAAUGCUGGAGCGCUUCGACGCCAGCCAGGAAGCCGACACGCUCGCGGAAACGGCGUCGGCGCCGCAAGUCGAGGAGGCCGUGGAGAAAUGGCUGGCUCGCACCUUGGAAGGUGACGGCAAGGAAGACCAGAAAGAGGCCACUCUUCUGCUGAAAGCUCUGACUGUGGCGAUUAACGCACCCGCUUCCACGCUGGCCUAUCAGGAGAGAGCCAGCGUGGUGCAUCUCAACAAACGGCCGACGGUGAAGGCGGAGAACCAGUGAGAUACAAAGGAGAUUCAAAGAUGGACUAUAGAGAACCCAUGUCGCCAAAUGUAGCCUGUAUUGUGAUCGUCGAAGAGGGCUUAAAACCAACACACCAAAAUAAGAGCAUUCCAAAGACAGGACUUUUCUCCCAAAGAGUUACACAAAGGUGGAAGAAGAAAAAAACAAAAAACCAAGGGAUCUUGUUAAGCUGUGAAGUAAAUUGUUUUCACUCAGGUAGACUAUUUUAUUGUGUGUUAACUUAUUUUUGAACUGUUUAGUGGUGUUUGUUUAUUUAUUUAGUUGUUUAAUCGAUGCUAGGGCAAAACAAGGCUCAGGAUCAGUAAUGACAAUAGUUUAUCAUCCUUGCUUCUUUUUGUGUGUUGUGUGUGUCUUGUGUCUGGCACCAAUCACCUUCCUAUUUGAUCACGACUAAUUUAUUUAUUUAUUACUAAAAAGGGAAAAUCAGGUAUCGUAAAGCACAAGAAUGGGGGGGAACUAUAAUUGACAUAUUUACAAUAAGUAUUACAACAAAGUGCCACCAAAUAAAAAAGUAUAAUCAAUAUUUGGUCCUAAAAUAUGUGUUUUAAACAACCCUUGCAGUGCUUAUUGAAUAGUGAUGAAGUUGGCAGUUUGCACUGAAGCGUUACUGUACAUAAUAUUCCAAAACAAGCUUAAUCCAAAUCCUUCUUCACAUGGUACUUAAGUAUAGCUGACAUUACCCUGUGAAUAACAAAACAGCGCAAUGUUUGUCAUUAAGCACAGAAAGUGGGUAAAAACACAACAAUGAUGGGGAAAUGUUCUUUUUUUUUUUCCACAAUAUGUAUAUGUUUCUACACAUGUACUAUAUGUCUUAUCAUAUUUUUUUUUAGGUUUGUUUUUAUACAAGGUUUUACCCUGUAGUUUAUUUUUGGAAGCAGGUUUGAGAUUGUAAGAAUUUAUAUGUGAGAUACUAUU